UUUAGGUACGAUGUGCCUGUAUUCAUGGGAGCUUCCUCCUCGCGAGACAAAUGCAAGAUCAAGAAUUUGAGUGGGAAGAUUUCAGCUAGUGUUGCUCAAAAGGUUCAACAGGGGAAAAGUAGGAUUGAGACCAGUAAGAACUCUAGAGCAGAAAGGAUUAAAAUUGAGAAGGAAAAUUCGUAUUCCAACUUGGAAUCUGACUCCAGAAGCUCCAAUGUCCUCUUUGCGCAGAUGAAAAGCUUUUGUGGCAUUAGUAAUGGUACACAGAAUGAGAAGUCAUGUAAUUAUGAUGGAGGGAACGGUGAUGAAGCCCAUGUACGUGAGAUGCGGUCUAAUGAAGAUUAUGGCAAAGAAAAUGGGGGGGUAGUCGAAGAUGUUUCACAGGAUGUUGCUGAUAUGUCGUCGGAAGUGAGGGAAAAAGAAAAUGAUUACCAUCAGCCCACAACAGAUUGGGAUACUUUGGUUGAUUCAAUUCUUUCGUUGCAGGAAUCACUUGAAAGAGGGAAAAAAAUUUCUCCAGUCUGA